CCCAAAAGAGUGUUGAUUUAUUUGUAGAGUUAGGGGCAAAACGGGAAAACUGAGAAAACAAUACAGUGCAUAGGAAAGUUGACUGCUGCCGACUGCUGCGCAUGCAACUACCCAUGUUACCUUGCGUUCGAAACGAAUUGUCGAUUGUGCGCCAAGUGCAGACUGUAACGUUACCGUUAACGUAGCUAGCUAGAUGAAGUGUAAACAUACAAAUCACUGUCUGUUCAUUUGUCUGUUAAAGAGGACUGUAUAUUCAGCGGUGAGGAUGACAAGUUGAAACAACUUCAAACACAAUUAAAUGGACAUGGAUGCAUUUUUGGAAACACUUCGGGACCAAGACGGGAAUUCCAUCCUCUCGUCCUGUGAGCCGGAGCUACAGGAGCUCCUUCGCCAGAUUGACAUCAUGCUGAAUGACAAGCGCAGCGAGUGGGAGGCUGAGGCGCGUGCCCUAGAAGGGCGUCUCCACAGCGGGGAAGCAGAGCUCCAGACUGCCCGGGACCUUCUGGACCGUAGGAAUACUGAGCAGAUGUUUAGGGUGAGAGAAGCCGUCACUGUCCUGUUAGACCUCCAGGGCACUGGCUUCCGGAUGUUAAAAAUGGUAGUGGAAAAGGAGUUGUUGCAGAUCAGAGUGCUCGGUAAGCAGCUAGAAGAGAUGCAUUCUGGGAGACAGGAACUCGUGACCAAGUAUGAGGAGCAGCUACAACAUGUACGAGAUGAGCUGGCCAAACUGAAGCGCAGUUACGAAAAGCUCCAGAGGAAACAUCAAAAGGAAGCUCGUGAAGGGUCCAAGACUCGUGGCGAUGACAAAAGCGAGGUGUCGCGCCUCAACGGGAAGAUCGAGGAAUUCCGCCAGCACUCGUUGAAUUGGGAACAGCAGCGGCUGCAGUAUCAGAAGCAGGUGGCGUCUCUGGAGUCCCAGAGGAAGCACCUGGCAGAGCAGUUCUCCCUCAUGCAGUCUCAGGGCCCCAGUCGGCUGCAGGAGCAGACAGAGCUGCAGCGUGUGCGCAACCAGCUGCACCGGGCCCAGGAUACGGUGCACAUGCAGGAGCAGGAGCUGGACCUGCGACAGGUCAGACAAACGGUGCUGAGCGAGGAGAAGCAGGAGCUGAAGGCCACUCUGGACACACAGGAGCAGUUCCUGCGCAGCUCGGGCAUGCAGCAGCAGCAGCUGCGCGCCGAGGUCACGCGUCUCACGCAGGCCCUGCAGGCCAAAGAGCAGGUCAUCCGGUCACUAGAGGAGUGUUUGAGUGUGGGGAGUCCCUCCGCAGGCCUGCCGUCCGUGCGUCAGGAGCUGGAGCGGGUCACUGCCCGACUGCACAGCUCGCAGGCCUGCCAGAGCCACCUGAAGGCCGAGCUCGCCCGCCUCCGGGAGAGCAUGGACAGUGAGCGCAGGCCCAGAGGAGAGCCCAGCAGGACCGGGGAGAAGUGGAAGCAGCUAGAGGAGGCGCACCGCCGCGCACAAGCAGACGCCAAGAAGCUGCGCGAGGAGCUGAGUAUAGCGGAACAGACGCGCCGCGGCGAGGUGGAAGGCAUGCGGAAGGAGGUGUCUCAGCUGACCAACGAGCUGCACCAGAGGGACAUCUCCAUAGCGACGCUCGGCGGCUCCGCCUCCAGCAUAGAGAAGCAGCUGAGGGCUGAGGUGGAGAGGGCGGAGCGACGGGCUGCCGAACUCAAGGUGACUCAGGUGCAGCUGGAGACGCUGAAGCUGGAGAACCAGCACCUGAACGAGCUGCUGGAGCGCGUGGAGCCCCACUCCCCAAAGAAGGGGGACGCGUCGCUGGCGUCUCUGCGGGACAGCUACGUGUCGUCCCUGAGCAGUCUGGAGCGGGAGAACCAGCAGCUGCGGCAGGAUCUGGCCGAGGUGCGCGCCCGACUGGACGCCAGCAACCAGACCUGGCAGGACAAGUACGAGAGAGCCCUGCAGCUCAGCCAGAACCGCAGCCAGGAGAGGAGUGAUGAGGAGACCCAACACAGGCACCAGGAGGAGCUGGCCGCCAUGGAGACGCGUCUCCGGGAGAACGCCGCACACUACGAGGAGGAGAUCCAGAGGCUUCACCGACAGGUGGAGUCGUUCUCGCUCGCCUCCCAAAACUCCCACCACCCCAACCCCCACCACCAGCACCACUCCUCUUCCCAGACCUCCGCCCCCUCCAACGGACCCCUUCGGGAGCCCCCCAGGUCGCCCUCGCCCGCCCCUUCAUCCGCCUCCUCCUCCUCCGCCUCGUCCUCCUCAUCCUCCGUGCUCAAGGCCAGGCGAUUGGCUGCCGUGCUCAGCGGCGCGGCCAAUGGGGAAGAAGCGCGGGGCUCUGGUGCGGUCGAGGAUUUCCUGCCCCUGGAGCGCUGCGCUGACUCGCCCGUGGGCUCGGUGGCCAGCCGCUUCCUGGAGGAGGAGUCCCUGCGCUCGCGGGAGCUGCUGCAGCGACUGGACGCUCACAUCCAGGGCAUGCGCGAGGGCACCUCUCACACCCUCAACAAGUACCUGGGCAAGGGCACCAACAACGGGCCAUAAGACCCCCCCCCACACACUCACACAUACACACACACACACACACUCACACUCACACAUAC